UUGCUGAUAUGUUGACGAGAUGCUGUUCUAUAGGUUAUAGGUACCAAUUGUAGAUGACCCGGGUCCGCGAGACGGAACGAACAUCCGCCACAUGAUAGUGCUCACGCAGUCACCCUUGUCAGCAUCCAUUACUUAUAUGCUCCUUGCCCACGCGUAUAGAGGAAAUGUCAAAGUGGUUUUGUUCAACGCUGCAACAAAAAAUGAUGCGAGCGCCAGUGACAGCACAACACACCAUUGGCAACGAGUUUGCGCAGGCAAAAUAACGUAUCUUGCGCCUUCACGUAGCGCCUUAAUGACAUCGCUGGAAAGGCCAGCUGUAACCUGGCCCGGCACGAAAGAAAGGAUAUUGGGAGGUGUUACGAUGAACGCGGUCCCGUGUGCAGCAGUUGAGAGGGGUCUCACGUAAUAGAUCAGGCUGAAGAUGGUGUCGGUAGGCUAUUCUUGGAGACAGUCUCGUAUUCUUUUCCGGUUUUUCGUCGAGGUCGUAUAUAAUCGACAUGGUUUGGUUUCGUAAGGUUAUUCGGCGCAGAGGCCCACAAGCAAUUGGACGUUUGGAGUUCUCACCCAUAUCGUCUACUUAAACGCAAAUGUUAGGAACACUUAAGAAUUGUCCUUAU